CCCACCUCCUCCCACCCCCUCCUCUCCCAGUUUCUCUCCGCCUGGAAAGAUGGCUGCUCCGGCGGUGUUGAGGAGCUCUGGCCCGCCGCUCUGCCCGAGCUUCGCGGAGGUCUGCUCAUUCCUGGAGCGCUACGGACCGACGCUGGACCUGCCCGAGAUGACUUUCCCGCAGAUGGAGAGGUAUCUGCGGGACACGACGACAGUCCCUAAACCUCUGGUGGAGCUCCACGUGAAGCUGCUCAGGAAGUUGGGGAGGUCUGUAACGACAGACCGUUGGGAAAAAUACCUGGCGAAGGUUUGCCAGGAGCUGAAUAGCACCUGGGCAUGGGAGCUGGAACAGAAGGGCUACCAGGAGAUGUCCAUGGAGUGCAAGUCAAGCAUCCUGAAAUAUCUCUGCGAGUGUCAGUUUGAUGACAACCUGAAGUUCAAGAUGGUGGUCAACGAGGAGGACCCGGAGAAGAUGCGUCUGCAGCCCGUCGGCCGGGACCGGCAGGGCUUGAUGUACUGGCUUCAGCUGGACCAGGAGCAGAACAUCCGGCUGUACACGGAGGAGCAGGAUGAUCUGGACGGAUCCACCUGGAAGUGCAUCGUCAGGACCCGGAACGACCUGGCCGAGGCUCUGGAGCUGCUCAAAGCCCAGGUUGAACCGAACCAAAACGUGGAGCAGAGUCAGAAAGAGGCUGGAUCGAGGAGCGCCAGCCCCGCAGGGAAAGACGACGGUGAUGGAAGCAGCAAACUUGAAGCGCCCCAAACCACCGAGGACCACGGAGACCGAGAGAAGACAGACUCUGUUAAUGAAGAGAAACCCACAACACAAGAAGUGAAGAAGGAGCAGAUGGCGCCGGUGAAGCUUGAACACACUCCAGUCGUGGUGAAGGAGGAGAAGGCGGAGCCUAAACCGUCCGUCUUCGACAACCGCGUCAGCACCAUCACCGCCGUCGUCAAGCCGGAGCCGCGGGACGCCGACGCCCCCAGGAACGCCGUCUCUGUCGUCAUGGCGCCCGGCGCGGCCGCGACAAAGCAGGAGGCGAGCAAGGACGGGGAGGCGGAGCGGGCAGUCGUCAGGAGCAACCAGCAGGCUAAGAUACCACUGAAGAAGAGGGAGCUGAAGCUCGCCGAGAGCUUCCACAGCAACCACCUCAACAACAACAACAACAGCAGCAGCGGCAGCGGCAGCAGCAGCAUCAUAGUCUGUAACCCGUCCGUGAUCCAGGCCAAGGACGGACACGCAGGAGACGGGAAGAUGCCCAACUCGUUGGCGCCCCCUGGCGGCCCGGCUGUGACCCAGCAGCCCCAGCUCGGGGUCAGUGCUCCGAGGCAAGAGCUGACCAAUGGGAGACCGACUCUCCUCCCGCCACACAAAGAGGGACAGAACGGAGUCAUAGGGGUCAUAGGUCAAGUCGGCGUCAUAGGUCACGUCGGGGUGAUCCGGAGCCCGUCUGAGCGUCACAGACCGGCCGAGGAGCUAAAUGGACCCAGUUUAGAGCCCCGGGCCUCCAGAGCCGUGGAGGAGGAGAGGGAGGUGAGCCGGCAGUCGGUGCUGGUGAGGAAAGGACUCGGUGACGGGGAGGCGGCGACGCCGGCGACCGUCGGUCAUCCGCCGCAGGCAGCGAUGGAGGCUCAGACGGCCAGAAAAGCACCAGCGCUAAAACCGGAUCAAGUCCCUGAAGCUGGAGAGGAAAGCAAGAGGCAGACGGCGGAGGAGGACGAGGGUCAAAAAGAGACAAAGGAGGAGCAGUGUGGACAACAGAAGGACGAGGAAGCGGAGAAGAGAGGAGAUGAAGUGUCUGAGCAGCGCGGCGAAGGCGACCAAGAGAGGAAAUCAAGCACUUUAGGGAAGACGGAGACGGAGUUAAACCGGGAUGAUCAGCGGGAGAAGAAGGAGCACCAGCGGGACGGGGUCAACGGGGGCCUGACCGCCCAGGUGAGGCUGAAAGACAUUGGACCGGUGGAGAGGCAGGGACCCCUAGAGGAGGCGUCCUCUGAAAUCCAGAAGGAAGGAAUCAGGCUGAAGAUCAAGAUCCCUCCGCACCGCAGGAACAAGCUGAAGGGAAAAGCCGGAAAGGAGGAGGCGAAGGAGAGGGAGCAGGAGGUGCAGGAGGAAGGGAAGCCGCUGAGGAGAUCUGCACGGAUCUGCAGAUCCUCUGCUUUGCCAACCUGCAGGCCGAGCUCGAAGGCAGCUGAGAGCCAGAGAAAGAAACCGCAAAAGAAACAGCCUCAGCCUUCCAGAACGAGGGAGGACGAUGAGGAGGAGGAGGAGGAGGAAGACGACGAUGAGGAAGAGGAAGAAGAGGAGGAGGAGGAGGAGGAGCAGGGCGCAGCUACAAAGAAAGGAAUAACUGCAGUCGGACAAAUUAAGAAACAAAGGGGUAAACGGAGGCAUCGGCGCCCCCGAUGGUCCAACGUUCGCUCAAAGCGACGCAAGAUGAAUGAAGCCGGGGAGGGGGAGGACAGGGGGAGGAAACGAGGGGAGGACGGCAGCGAAGGAGGGAGCGACUCGGAAGAACAGUCGUGUAAAUCGGAGGAGAUUCCAACGGAGGACGCCUGCUCUCAGUGUGGACUUCCCAACCACCCGGAGCUGAUCCUCCUGUGUGACUCCUGUGACAGUGGGUAUCACACAGCUUGUCUGCGGCCGCCGCUCAUGUUGAUCCCAGACGGAGAGUGGUUCUGUCCACCGUGCCAACACAAGCUGCUGUGUGAGAAACUAGAGGAGCAGCUGCAGAAUCUGGACAGUGCUCUGAAGAAAAGGGAGCGAGCAGAGAGGAGGAGAGAGCGGCUGGUGUACGUGGGGAUCAGCGUGGAGAACAUCAUUCCUGGCGACGAAGAGGAGGAGGAGGAGGAGGAGAAGAAGUCGUCUGCGAAGAAGAAGGACUCGAAGAAGAGCAAGAACCUGGGCCGGAGAUCCACCAGAACCAGGAAGCACAUCAGCUACAGGUUUGAUGACUUCGACGACGCCAUUGACGAGGCCAUAGAGGAGGACAUCAGGGACAUCUGUGACGGAACAGGACAGGGAAAAGAAAUCCCCUCCAUCUUGUCAGAGGACGGGAAGGAGAGCCAGCGGCCAAUCAGAAGCCAGGCUCACGCCGCCAGGAGCAGGAACAGGAAGAAGAGGAGGCUGAACGACCUGGAGAGCGACAGCACGGCGGCAGAGAGCGAAGACGAGUUCAUGCUCAGCAACAGCUCUGAGGACGAGGACUUUGGGGCGUCAGGGGCGGAUGAUGACGAGGAGGAGGAGGAAGAUGCGGGCAGCGACGUGGGAAGCUUGGACAGCCGGACCCGACCCAGACGGGCACAGAAAGGGAUACCUAAACACAGAGUGGUCAAGACCCAGCGCAGGGGGAGGAAGAGGCUGAAGCGGCGGCGGAGACGCUCCUCCGACGAAGAGGAGGAGGAGACCGAGGAAGAGAUGGGCUCGGAUCAGUUCAGCGACAUGACCGACAGCGACGACGACAGGAAGCGGCGCGGUCUGAGACGGGGCCAGCGGCAGCAGGUCAACUACCGCGAGACGUCCGAGUCCUCGGACAACUCCCCCCCGGCCCCGAAGAAGGACAAGCCCAGACCGCGGGGACGACCUCGCAAGGAGCGUCUGUCCAGCGACUACAGCGAUGCGACGCCGUCCUCCAGAGAGUCGGAGGACGAGGACGACUACGAAGACGAAGAGGACGAGGACCGGAGGAGGAGAGGGAACAGGAGGCGACGAGGGGAGGAGGACUUCAGGAGAAAGAGGACGAGAGAAAAGCGCGGGAGAUACGAAGACGACGAGGAAGAGGAGGAGGAGGAGGAGGAAGAAGAGGAGGACGACGACGACGAGAGAGGGAGGCGACUGAAGAGGAGGCCGACGGAGAGGGACGAGGACAACAAGGACAAGCGGAGGAGGUUAAAGAGGACAGACAGAGACGCGGAGGAGGACGACCCGGAGAAGAUGGGGAGAGGGAAGAGGAGGGAGAUCCUGUCGCAGCAGCGCCGCAAACGUCUCGCUCUCAUGCUGAAGAAACGGAGGCCGUCGACGGACGAGGAGGACGAGGACGAGUCGGAGGAGGAGUCAGAGUCGUCCUCAGAGGAGGACCGUCCCAUCCGCAAAAGACUCAACCGCAUCGACUCCGAUGAAGACGACGAGGAGGAGGAGGAGGAGGAGGAGGAGGAGGAAGAGGAGGAGGACGGGAGGCAGAGCAAGAGGGAGAGGAGGGCUGACGUCAAACACGACAGCGACGCUCAGGAAAAGGGGAGGGGCCAGAGCCUGUCUCCGUCAAAUGGACAUCGGACGUCCAGAGGACCCGCGAAGCCCGGGGCUGGAAGUCCUGCUGGGCCCAGGGACAGUGCAGGGUCCGGCAGACACAACGGCCCCUUACACCCAGAGGAGGAGGAGGAGGGGGAGGAGGAGGAGGAGCUGGAUGAAGAGGAGGAGGAGGAGGAGGAGGCUCAGACAGACUCGUUGAACUCUGUCCAGAACAGUCCACAGUCAUGAUGGCUGUGAAUAUAACGCUUCUUUGUUUCAGAUUGUUUUUAACUGUCAAAACCUUCAUCACAGAAUCACAGAAACUCCUCCUCCUCCUCCUCCUCCUCCUUCUCCUCCUCCUCCUCCUCCUCCUCCUCCUGCACUUCUUCCUUGCUGUUGUCUUGUGGUAGAGUUCUAUCCACAAACUCACAAACUUCACUGUAGAGCAGAAAAAAACCCCACGGUCAUUUAUUUCCAGGACGUAACCGCCAUCAGCCGACCGGACCAAACGCCUCCAGACUGGACUCCGUCUCUGUCCCCCUUUGUCCCUACUCUGCCCCGUCCCCCCUCGUCCCCCUCUGUCUGAUGUGGUCCACGUUAAGACGGAGCCUGUUUGUAGAGAACCUCGUCCUAAAGCACUUCAUCAUUCUCAUAGCACUUAACAAACCCCCCCUCACCCCCUCACCCCCCCCACCCCCACCCGCCCCCCCGCCACCGAGAGGACGGGGUCGGGGCGGAACCGAACAGUUUGCAGCAGCGGAGCAGAGCGGUACUUUCCUGCGUUGGUUUUUAAACCUCCCACGUCGUCCUCACCACCACCAAGAGUUUCGAUUCCAGCACCGAACUCAUGUAGCAUCAUUUUUGAUUUGAUGAAUAUUUUCUGCUAUAAAAAUCCUCCAUCCACAGCGUUUGGACACAUUCUCUCCAUCGAUGUGUUUUCAUGGCUUAUUAAAUAAAUAAAUCAAUCAUUCCAGUGAAGCCGCCGCGCUCUGUGACCGAAUCUGUUUCUAAAAAUGUUGGCACCACUGGAUGUGAACGUGGCUCCUUCCAUUUCUCUGUUGUACUGUUACUGUAGUUCUGCUGUAACAUAAAUGUUUUCUAAGUUAUUAAAACCAACAUCCGGGCAUCUCCUCAAAAAA